AUCAUCAUCGCUAAUAACUAAAUUUGACUUAACAUAAUCUCUUCAACUCAUGAUCAAGAAUCACACUGCAUCAAACUUACUAAGAGUGAAGCAAAGUAUUGAUAAAUUUGGAGAAAAGAUCCAUCUAAAAUGGUUCAUCUGAGACAGCUGAUUGCUGUCCUGUCCUUGCUGAUAUGUGUGGAAGCUCAAAACACAACCAACGAGCACGAUAUGAGCGACGUAAAUCCACUCCGCCCGAGCAUGCCAGUUGUGCUAGUAGUCCUAUCCAUCAUGUUCUGCCUCACUUUCCUCAUUCUGGCAUAUGCCAAGUUCUGCCACAGAAUCAGAUCCGAGCCGUCUGAUCUUCUACAGGGCCCUAACGGGGCCGUUGGAUCAAGAGCCCGGUUUUCAGGUGUAGACAAAACCAUCAUAGAGUCACUCCCUUUCUUCAGAUUCUCCUCACUCAGAGGCUCGAAAGAAGGCUUAGAAUGUGCCGUGUGCCUCUCAAGAUUCGAGGACACAGAGCUCCUUCGUCUCCUGCCCAAAUGCCGGCACGCCUUCCACAUGAGCUGCAUCGACAUAUGGCUGGAGAAUCACUCCAGCUGCCCCCUCUGCAGGAACAAGUUCGAUGCAGGAGACAUCAAGAGCUUGAGAUACAGCAGCAGCUUCAGAUGCCCGAGCAGCUCGAGGGAGGAGCCUAAUCUUGAGUUCUUCAUACAAAGAGAGCAGAGUCAAGGGAGGUCAAUGAGGUUCAACCUUGCCCACACACUACAGAAGUUAGCUAGAGGGAGGAGAGACGAUCCGUUGAUUCAAGAAUUCAAGAAUCAGAGCGAUGGAACGCAGAAUCUGCACAAUGUCAAGCAUAGGAUCAUUGUAUCAGAUGUCAUUCACAAGAGCAGGUGGAGCGAUGUCAACUCCUCGGACCUGAUGUCUCUCAGCUCCGAGAUGCUGAGUGUCAUGGAGGGAAAAGGGCUGUCCACAAGUGGGAGGUUCAACGACGAGGAUGCAGCCAAAGAGCAUAUCUCGAAGAUCAAGGAGGAUAUGGAGAGGAAGAGGCUGUUUGAGUCCAAGAUUGUUUCAAGAACUGAAAUUACUAGCUCUGGUGAAACCUCUGGCUAUCCCAACAUUGAUUUGGACUCUGCCAUGAUGUCUAAAUCAUUGGAUCCGUCCCAGAAAAGAUCGAUGUCCGAAAUUACAAACGUGUCGAGGUUCACAGAACUGAACUCAAGCAGCAGCAGCAGGAUCAGUGGAUUCUCAACUUCAGUGAAUUCAGAAAGAGAUGAAAAAGUUAGAAGGCUUUGGCUGCCUAUAGCUAGGAGAACCAUUCAGUGGUUUUCUGGUCAAGAAACGAGCUCGGAUGCCAGACAACCUACGGUGGAUGUCUGAACCCAUCCUGCAUAUUUUAUUCACCAAAUAGAUCAUAGUUGGCACAAAACUGUAUCUAGAAAUUCAUACAUGAACUUUGAUGACACUUUCUUGAUGUUA